AUGGAUACUGCUAACCAAUAUGUAAAAUUAAAUGUAGGUGGAGCACUUUUUCAUACAACAUUGGGUACUUUACUUAAAUAUGAUUCAAUGUUUAAAGCAAUGUUUUCUGGACGGAAUGAGGUUUUUCGUGAUUCUGAUGGUUAUGUGCCUAUUGAUCGUUGUGGAAAACAUUUUGGAUUGAUCCUAAAUUUUAUGAGAGAUGGAACAGUUCCGUUACCAGAUUGUCGUACUGAAGUUCAGGAGAUUAUUAUUGAGGCUAAAUUUUAUUUGAUUCAGGAAUUGGUAAGCUUGUGUGAAUCUUGGUUUAUAAACAUGGAAAAAGCUCAAGUUGAGCCAAUUGGUGUUUGUCAAGUACCUGUGGUUAUGUCAAAGAAACAGGUUGAACGAAUUUGGCAAAGCUCUACGGGUCGUCCAGUAAUUGAAUUGCUUCUAAACCGAAAUAACAACAAAUAUAGUUAUAAUACAAGUUCUGAUGAAAACUUUCUUCGUAAUCAAGAGCUUUUUGAUAAAUUAUUGUUGCGCUUUAAUUCUUCUAAAAAUAAUAAUGUUCUCUUCAUUAAAAAUUUGGGUAUUGGCAGUCCAGAAAUUUGUCAAUGGACUUUUUAUGGAAAUGCUAGCCGUAAAGUUGAGAUUUCUUGUACUUCAAUUGUUUAUACUCCAGAAAAGAAACAAACAAAAGUUGAAUUUCCAGAAGCACGUAUAUACGAAGAAACAUUAAAUGCUCUUUUAACUUUUGGGGGUUGUACACAUUGUAAGAAUGAUGAUCCUUCUAUUCAACAAAAACCGUCAUCAACUGAAUCUGCUCGUCGUGGCUUGGGACAAAUUGUUUUACUCCCAGCAAAAAAUACUUGGCGUAUUGGUGGACGUAAUUUGAGCGGUGUAGAUGAUAAUACAAAUGAUCAAGGAGGAGGUCCGUCAGUUUCUGGUCACAAUUCUCACAAUAAUCAACAAAUUUGUGGGAAAGGAAAUAAUAAUGAUGAGGAGUCUGGUUAA